AUGAAUUUGUAUUUAGAAUCAGCUGCUGAAGAGUUUGAAUAAGCUAUUUCAGAUGCUGAUCAAUUGUUGGCAUUAACAAAAGCUACACUUCAAAAAUUUACAAAUUAUCUAAAAAGGAAAUAAUAAGAAAAAAUGGAGCGAAGAUAUCAUUUGAAUAAUAUUACUGAGGACUCUAAUAGUAUGAAACAAUUAGAUAAAUAAUCAUAUAAUUAAUUGAAGAUAUUGGAAUAUUUUAAUAAGUUUCAUAAGGAAGUUGAUAAAUAAUUAAGAGAUUUGAAAGAGAUGGUUCCCUCCAAUCCUUAAACAUAUGUAAUUGAGGAAUUAAAUUAAUAAGAGAAUAUCAAUAAAUAAAUAGAAUAAAAGAUUCCUCAAAAAGUUAUAUAACAAGAACAAAAAUAUUAUCCAUUAUUCAAGUAAGCAAAAAAUUCAGGUUAAUCAAUUCAAAAUUCUUAUAAUCAAAGUUAAUUGAUUUUAGGAUAACAUUAAACACAUCCUUAAUUAUAAUCAUAGAACUCAACAUAAUUUUAAACAUAAUAAAAUUAAAAUAAUAAUACAUAAAAAGAAAAUAAUUAAUAAAGGAUUACAACAACUUAAAAUUAAAAUUCAUCUGAAUAGUAGACAGAAACAAUUAAACCAAUAUUAAAAUAAAGAUAAGAAAUAAAAGAAUAAUUAAUAACAUUUGGAAGAUUAUAGAAAUUUUAAUAUUAGAAAUUAAUAUAUCCAAAUUAAAAUGAGGGAAAUUGUGUAUUUUGUGGUUUGGAAGCAAAUGAUUAAAAUUUAGGACCACUUUUAUUAAUACCAUCAAAUAAUAAUUAAAAUUAGAAAUAUUAAUUACAUGAGAUGUGUGGUUUAUGGAGUUAGAAUUUAGUAUUUUUUAAUGGUAUAGAAUAAUGUGAUCCAAAGAAUAUAGAUGAAGAAGUUGAUAAAUCUAAAAAAACUGUAUUAAAUAUGAUUUAUUUUAGAAAUGUUUUUUAUGUAGUAGAUCAGGAGCAACAAUUUGUUGUGCAGUGUGUCCUUAAUCAUUUCAUUUUACCUGUCUAAUGAAGAGUUCACAAACAGGUAAAGCAAAAUAUGUUAUGAUAAGGCAAGUUGAUAGAGAAUCAAUUUAAGUUUUUUUGUGAUAAACAUAAAUAUAAGGCUAGAUUGGAAAUGUAGAAUUCAAGUGAUGAAGAAUAAUUACCAAAAAAGAAAAAGAAACUUUAAUAAAAAUUGAAUACAUCAAAAUAGAUGAAUAAAAAAAGUCCAAAAAGAGGGAAAUCUCCAGCAUCAUAAUAAGCUAUAUUAUAAUAAUGUUUAAAGAAUAAGGAUGAAGAUUUAAAACGUUAAUGGAUCAAUUCUGAUCUUAUUUAUUUUAAUUUACCCUAAUGGGCAUCUAUUGAAUAAAAAUUUAGUGAUCUUGAUCAAUCAUUAAUAUAGAAUAAACAAUAUGAUCCUUAAAAUAAUAUUUAAUCAGAUAUCAAAUAGGAAUAAAUCAAUUGA